UAUAGUGUCGUGAGGAGAAAAGCUCAGUCAUUGUCAUUACCAGCUAUUCCAUAAAACCACAAACUGAGGAGAUAAAGGUGGAGGAGACGCCAACUCUCUAGAAAACCACAAACUGAGGAGAUAAAGGUGGAGGCCAGAAGAUACCAGCUUAUCCAUAACUAAGGAGUUAAAGCUGAAGGAGAUACCAACUUGGCGAGAAAACCAAAAGCUAAGGAGUUAAAGGUGAAGGAGGUCCUUGGAUACCAGCCCCCAUGUCCAGAGGUUGUCAUUCAGCCAUGACUCGUCCUCAGCAGAUCUGCUUAUGGUUGACUUUCCUGAUGACCGAACAGGUGUUUUGCUUGCGAGUGCAGCUGGAAAUGUACAAGGAUUCACUUGACGAUCAGUACAUCGGAUGUCUCGACAGAAUGGAAUCAGUGGCCCCCGAAUUACUGAAGAAGGAACGAGAGCAGAGACCUGAGCUGGACACGGCUUGGAAUAUUUCAUCUGCAACAUGGGAACAAAGAAAAUUUUCUAUUGGAGAUCUUCCUGAUGGUUUUAGAGAUGAAUACGGGAUAGCGUUACUAAUAUAUACCUACAUGGAUUUACCCCUGUACAAAGACUUAAACUGGGCCGUUCGGGAGUAUGGACAACAUCCUGAAUCCUUUCCGUUCCAUUCAUGGCAUUUCUAUCUUACCAGAGCUUUGAGUUUACUCCGAACCAGCUGUGAUGGGAAACCAUGGUGGACAUACAGAGGGACCAGUAAGGUUCAGUUUGAGCCUCCAUCUGACCCUCGGGAAACCAUAAGACUGAGCCAGUUUUCUUCCUCCUCCGCUGACAUAAAGCAGGCACAGCAAUUCGGCAACGCAUCAUUCUUCAAUAUUACCACAUGUUUUGGGGCAGACUUAGAGAAGUUCUCAUACUACCCGUCCCAGAAGGAAGUGCUCAUACCCGUGGAUGAAGUGUUUCAUGUCACCAAGUACAUCAAAGAGGGGAACCAACUUGUUCUGCAGACCACCAAUAAGAGGUGCAGUUAUUACAACUGUGCCUACCUGGGGGGUAUCAAAAGGGAAAACUGCGUCUAUAGCUCAGGCACAGUGAUGCGGUAAGGAUGGGUUAUCACUAUCAGGAUCACGCCAAAGAAGAGUCAACACUGGAAAUAUCGAGCCUUUACGUAAACGUAAUGUUUUUGUCAAUAAAAGUAUAAAAACCUAUAAAUACUUAUAAUUCUACUUCAGUAACCAUUGGCCCACUUUGGCAAAAAAAUCUAAAAAAAACUCAGAACUUUUGGUCUCCACUGUACA